UAUCAUUAAGGCAUCAAUCCAGUGUUGAAAUCUGUUUGAAAUAAUCUUUGAGUAUCAAUCAUCAAAUUUUUAUAUAAGUAAUCAUAUUGUUAAUUAAAAUUUUUCUCUGACUUGAUAGUUAAUAAGGUUGCAGAUGAACUGUAAAUUUUUGUUAAGUUUUUAUGAAGUCAUCAACAAGAUUAAUGAAUGUAAAUAGACCAAUUGUAUAGCUUAAUUGCAAGCCUUGAAAUUGGAUUAAAAGUUAUCUUUUAGACACAAUACUCCAUUGAAAUGUAUGUAAUUCUAGUUUUUACUGGAUAUGCACUGUCUAAGAUUGAGAUGGGGUUUAUUUAGCACUACAUAUUAAUGCAUUCAUAGUAGGUUUUUUUUAUCUGUUUUUUCUCGGAAAUCAAAGACAUUGUUUUUGGCUGAACUCUCAACCCAUUAAGAGAGAAACACCUUGUCAAACACCUUGUAGUUGAUGAUUGGUUGCUUAAUCCUAAUCCGAAUGAGAUCUUUUCACUCGUUUGUAUUAUUGUAAUAAUGGAAGAAUAAAUCCAACACUAAUUAUAUCAUGAUAACAGUCGUUUGGUUACGAAGUUACCAGUGCCCUAAUGGCAUCACUGCAAGAAAGUCUGAAUAGCUUCAAGAAGCAACAAGAGAAAUGCCAGUCAGCCCCAAAGAGCAAAAGCAUUGCAGGUUCUAAAACAAUCGUUAAGACAGCAACACCUGCAAACACCUCGACCAAAUUAUCUUCUCCUUCGUUUAAAUUCCCCAAUGACACGAAGAGGUUGCAGCAUAUUAAUUAUAAUAUAAGGAAGAGCCCUAUCGAAGCUCAGAUCUAUCGUGUGAUUGAUCUGCUGUUUAAGAAGAGGCAAUCCAUCACAGCAGAGCAAAUAAAUGAAGCAUGUUAUGUUGAUGUCAAAGGCAACAAGGCCGUGUUUCAAAGUUUAGCAAACAACCCAAAAGUUAAUUAUGAUGGAAAGCGCUUCUCUUACAAGUUGAAGUAUAAUGUGAGAGACAAGAAGGAACUUUGGAGUUUAAUACAAACAUUUGCAGAAGGUAUUUCUGUUGCUGAUCUUAAAGAUGCCCACCCUACUAUCGUGGAAGAUUUACAGGCCCUGAAAGCUGCUAGAGAGAUAUGGCUAUUAUCAAAUCCCAACUCGAAGGAAGACAUAGCCUACCCUAAUGAUCCUCAGCUUCUUUUUAAAGUUGAUGAUGAAUUGAAACAAUUAUUCAGGGCAAUUGAGUUGCCACACGACAUGCUGGAGAUCGAGCUUGAUUUGCAGAAAAAUGGCAUGAAGCCUGCAACCAAUGCUGCUAAGAGAAGAGUAAUGGCACAAAAUUGUAAUAUAUGUAACAAACCAAAACAAAAGAAGAAGAAGGCCAAGAUUAGUAAAUGAACAAAGCUCACAAACGCUCAUCUUCCUGAGCUUUUCCGAAACCUUAAUGGGUAGUUGGAUUGCUAACGUGUAUCCAGACGGUGGUAGUAUUACUAAGAAUAUGAAAACUGUGUUAUGAUAAGGUAAUGUCUGUUUUAUAAUUUCUAUCAAGAUUUAGAGGUGUGUAU